UGUAGAGGAGCCUGAUGAAAAGCAAUUAUUAACUGAUGAUCAAAAAGUUUUAAUGGAAAUGGCCGUUCGUGCAGCUACAAGAGCAUGGAGAAAUAGUGUCGAGUUGGCGGAGCAAGCACAAAUAAAUAUGGAACUUGGUGAAAAAUAUUGGCAGAAUGCACGCUUUAAGUAUGCGUUAAAAGAUAGUGUGAUUACAUUAAAAGAAACGGGCGAAAUUGUACAUUUAAGAAAAACCCCUGAAAAUAUUCUUGAAUGGGUUAAAUCUCAGUUAAUAUUGUUAACUAAUCGUAAAAUUGCAAUUGAUAAAUGGACACAGGAAUGUUUAGAAAUCCCGCGGUGAUGUUUCAGAAGCAAGAAAAGCUGCGGAUCGUGCUAAGGCCGCAGAACGUAAGGUAAAGGAAGCAGCAAGUCAGGUUGAAGAAGCUGUUGCGGGGCAAAAACGUUUAUCAGAAGAAAUUAU